CAAGUCAUUCAGAAGAGGGAGUGCAUUUCUGUUCACAUUGGCCAAGCAGGUGUCCAAAUGGGCAAUUCAUGCUGGGAGUUAUAUUGCCUGGAACAUGGAAUCCGACCAGAUGGAACUGUUCUUGGUGAUACCUCUGCUUUAACGGACUCUUCUUUUGGCACGUUCUUCAGUGAAACUGGUGCUGGACGAUAUGUUCCAAGGGCUGUCUUCAUAGACCUAGAGCCAUCAGUUGUAGAUGAGAUUCGUAAUGGGGAGUACCGUCAACUUUACCACCCUGACCAACUGAUCAGUGGCAAAGAAGAUGCAGCCAACAACUAUGCCCGUGGUCACUACACUGUUGGAAAGGAGAUCGUAGACUCUGUGCUUGAUCGAAUGCGGAAGAUGGCUGACCAGUGCACUGGACUGCAAGGUUUCUUGAUCUUCCACAGUUUUGGUGGUGGGACUGGAUCAGGUUUUACUCCUCUGUUGAUGGAACGAUUAUCUGUCGAUUAUGGCAAGAAGUCCAAACUGGAAUUUUCAGUCUACCCAGCACCUCAGGUUUCCACUGCUGUGGUGGAACCCUACAAUUCCAUUCUGACCACACAUACCACCCUAGAGCAUUCUGAUUGUUCUUUCAUGGUUGACAAUGAGGCAAUUUUUGACAUAUGCAUGCGCAACCUUCAAAUUGAGCGUCCUUCCUACACCAACCUCAACAGGCUAAUUGCCCAAAUAGUGUCCUCUAUUACCGCCUCCCUGCGCUUUGAUGGAGCCCUUAAUGUAGACCUCACCGAAUUCCAGACCAACCUUGUGCCAUACCCUCGUAUCCACUUUCCCCUGGUUACUUACUCUCCCAUCAUCUCCGCUGAAAAGGCAUACCACGAGCAGCUUUCUGUUCCUGAGAUUACCAAGGCUUGCUUUGAGCCAGCCAACCAGAUGGUGAAGUGUGAUCCACGCCUCGGCAAGUACAUGGCUUGCUGUUUGCUGUACCGUGGCGAUGUGGUGCCCAAAGACGUUAAUGCUGCUAUAGCUAACAUCAAGACCCGCCGUAGCAUCCAGUUUGUGGACUGGUGUCCCACGGGGUUCAAGGUUGGCAUCAACUACCAGCCACCCACUGUGGUGCCUGGUGGCGAUCUAGCCAAAGUCCAGAGAGCCGUGUGCAUGUUGAGCAAUACCACUGCUAUUGCAGAAGCCUGGAGUCGCCUAGAUCACAAGUUUGACCUGAUGUAUGCAAAGCGCGCCUUCGUUCAUUGGUAUGUAGGUGAGGGAAUGGAAGAGGGGGAGUUCACUGAGGCCAGAGAAGACAUUGCUGCUUUGGAGAAGGACUAUGAGGAGGUAGGGGCAGAGUCUGAUGAUGGCUGUGUGGAGGAAGAGGAGGAUGAGUACUAA